AUGGAUGAUAUCUGUCCCGCUUCACCAACCCCCUCCACACACGAUCCAUGCCCGUUAUCACAUAGCGAGAUCUCUAUGCCCUCCUGGUCUGGCUGCCCAUCACGCCAACACAGAAAUCCGCGUAGGAAUAAUCAAACUCUGCCCGAACCUGUUUCAUCUUUACCACCAUUACCACUGUCUGCUACACGUCGGGUUACUCUGUAUGUUCUCGACCGAUUCACAUCCGUAAUCAAUGUGUUUGGUGUUUGGCGCUACUACCCUCGACGCCCACAUCACGAUCCCAACUCUUUUCUUUCUCUGGAAGACCUGGCAUCCAAACCAGCUACCUUUAAGCAGCUAUCGUCCUCAAUUCUGGAUGGGAUCACAUCAUAUAUCUCCAAUCUUCAGUCUACCGUACAUCUUCUACUGCAAUGGGCCAAUAACGGCCAAACAUUGAAGUCUAUUGGGCAGAUCAAUGAGCUCGUUGAUACAGUUUUACUUGCACCCAAUUUCAAUGCCCAGGACCUGAUUGGUUUUGAUGCUAGACGAGAGCAUGCUCGAAUGGACAAGGCAAUUGCUACAUUGGGGCUUGGAGCUCAUUUCCGAGAAACCUGUGUACGAAUUUGGGUGCCGUCUGGAAUCCCACACUGUCCACCUCUUCCUUAUCUUGUUCCAGGCCUCCUCCAUCGCUUCUUCACCUCUCUUAUCACUGAAAUGUUUACGGGCCCUCUAGCCAAGCAUAUGCAUUAUGCUCCAUUUGAGCUUUGGCAUCAAUCUCCCUGUACCAACAAAUCUGAACGUAUCUUUUCCGAACUCUAUAAUUCUGAUGCAUUUCUUGCCAAAAGUGAAGCAAUUCAGCGUCGUGGUGCAUUACCUCCUGACAACCCCAAUUGUAAACGUGAAAAGGUUGUGGCUGCUCUUCAAAUUGCCUCUGAUGCAACUCACUACACCAAUUUCGGGAAUGCCAAAGGAUGGCCCAUAUAUGUGAUGGCAGGAAAUUUGUCUAAAUAUAUUCGUGCUCAGCCCGGCUCUGGUGCAUUGCAUCAUCUAGCAUAUAUUCCUUCGCUUCCAGACUUGUUUAAAGAUUUCGCAUCGGAAAAUCACCCCAAAUGGAAAUCACAAAGCCAACAACUGCUCACACAUUGUCGACGCGAGUUAAUCCACGGUGUCUGGAAGAUUAUAUUGGACAAUGACUUUAAGCAUGCAUACCUUUAUGGAAUAGUUAUUAAAUGCCAUGACGGCAUUGAAAGACGAUUUUAUCCGCGUAUAUUCACAUAUUCAGCUGAUUAUCCUGAAAAGGUUCUAUUGGUCACGAUUAGAGAUAAGAGCCUAUGCCCUUGUCCAACUUGUCUUGUGCCAAAGUCCAAGCUAGACCAGCUUGGAUUGAAACGUGACAAGAAUCUCCGAACUGAUAAUAGAACAGUUCGUCAAUACAUUGUCGAGCAAGUUGCACUCGCCCGUGAUGCCAUUUAUUGUCUUGGGCAUUCAAUAAAAUCAGAAGUUGUCAAUCGCCUCCUCAAGCCGUUUUCUAGUGUUCCAACAGAAAAUGCUUUUGUUGCACGUUUGGGCCUUGAUUUUAACCCGUCUGAUAUGCUAACUGUUGAUUUGCUGCAUGAAUUACUAUAUGCUGCUAGAGGGGAUUCCAAUGAACUUGUAACAGAGCUAGACAGACGAUACCGACAGGUCUCAACCUUUGGCAAUGGUACUAUACGUAACUUUGCUGAAAAUUCUUUGGAAAUAAAAAAAUUGGCAGCACAUGAUUUCGAAGACCUUUUGCAAUGUGCUAUUCCUAUAUUUGAAGGACUGUUUCCAGAUCCACAUGAUCGACAAAUUUCAAAGCUCUUGUACCGUACCGCCAAAUGGCACGGUUUGGCCAAGAUGCGAAUACAUACCGAAGGGAGUUUAAAAUUGCUCGACGAGCUCACUUUUGAAUUUGGCAAAUUAAUGCGUGAAUUUCGAGAUGUAACUUGUACUCAUUUUGAAACUUUUGAGCUUCCUCAAGAAACUGCCGCACGCCAGCGUCGUCAAGCACAGAAACAGGCGUCUACUGUGGAAAAUAAUGCACCAGCCAAAGCACCUUCAAGCCGACGUUCAAUAAAAUUCAAUCUGAACACACCAAAGUUUCAUUUUUUAGGGGAUUAUGUCCGACAUAUUCGAAAUUUUGGAACCACUGAUUCUUAUUCAACUCAACUGAGCAAAGUGGCCCAUCGUUUGCUAAAAUCAUUGUACAAAUUGACAAACAAAAAGGAUGCCAACAAGCAGAUUGCUCAAAAGUACAGUCGCAUGAUGGCCUUGCAGACUGAAAGGGCAGAAGCAGCAGUAUCUGGGCAUCUUCAAGACACGCACUAUAUCUCAAAAUCACGAAAUACGCCAGUCCCAAUUUUCGCUUUUAUGCAAAAUGAUACUGAUCCUGCAAAGAAGAACUUUUUGCAUCUCCUCAAGAAUCACCUACUAGGCCGAUUGACUGGAAGAACAUUUGACGGCGACGACACAGAUUCUCUUUUUGAUGAUGAAGAUCUUAAUACUAUGCGUACGUAUUAUACUACGUAUGACAUGCGACGGGCAUAUGACACCAUCAGCACACGAAGCCAUCCGUUUGUCAUGGUGCUAUCUCCAGAAACGGAACCAGGUGCCCAUCCCUUCUGGUAUGCAUCUGUGAUAGGUGUUUUUCAUGCAGACGUUCAGCACACGGGGCCAAAAUCACGCAAUUGCAGCCCAAAGCGAGUGGAAUUUCUAUGGGUACGUUGGUUGGGGGUAGAACCUGGGUACAAAUCUGGUCGAAAACUAGCAUGUCUUCCCAAAAUUGGAUUUGUUGUAGAAGACGAUGAAUUUGCGUUUGGAUUUUUGGACCCUUCUUUGGUUGUUCGUGGAUGUCAUCUACUUCCAUCCUUUGUUGAUGGGCGGACAAAUGAAUUGUUGCGCACAACAGGUCCAACUCAGGCCAGACCGCCCCAGGAAACCGAUGACUGGAUGAACUACUAUGUCAACAUCUUUGUUGAUCGUGAUAUGCUAUCUCAAUAUCUCGGCAUUGGAAUUGGUCACCAAGAAGCCUCAGGAAGAUUUCAAUUUGAAGAGCCUUCCGACAUUGCAGAAGAACUUGAGGCAGCAGAAGAUGAUGGACCUGGGUGUCCCGAUGACAUGUCUGAUGACUCAGAGUCCGAUAAUGAAGAUAUCGACAGUCAUUCAGCAAACGAGGACUUUGACAAUGACACUGUUGAUAACGACGAUCUUGGUUUUGAUGAUUUGUAA